CGCACGCCUGGAGCGGAGGGUCUGUGUCAAGAGCGGCGGGGGCUGCAGCAGGCGAGAGAGACGGGACUUUGUGGUCAGCACUACUUUUUGCUCCAUUUCACAAAUGAGAAAACAGUUUCAGAGAGAGGAGAUGUGUGUGAGGUAUGUAUCAACUUCACAGUUGCAGGCUCAUUGAUGACUGAGUCACACACUGGAUGCAGGUUUGCUGACUGAUAGAGGCUGGUGAGUGGCGAGGCACUGUCUUCCCCACAAUGGCUGAGGUGGCUGAGGUAGCUGAAAUGCCAACACAGAUGUCUCCAGGGGCAAUGGAGAUGUCAAUGCCGAUGUUAGGGGAGAUGACAGAGAUGACACCAGGAGAGGCCCUUGCAUCAUCUCUCUUCUUCCAGCACCACCAAUUCAUGUGCUCCGAGUGUGGCAGCCUCUACAACACACUGGAGGAAGUUCUCUCACACCAGGAGCAGCAUGUGCCUGCUAUCACCGAGGAGGAGGCGCUGAUCACCCAAGACACUGGCCUGGAACAAGGGACUGAGGGUGGGCCUUUCCAGUGCAGUGAGUGCAGCCAGCUCAUCCUGUCCCCCAGCGAGCUCCUGGCCCACCAGGAUGCCCAUCUCCGGGAAUCUGCAAGCCAAAUCCAGUACCAGUGUGGGGACUGCCAAGAGCUGUUCCCCUCACCUGAGCUGUGGGUGGCCCAUCGCAAGGCCCAGCACCUUUCUGCUGCAGCAGCUGAACCACCAGCGCCACCGCCUUUGCCUCACCGCGCAGCACCACCUCCUCCCCCUGCUCCACCCGAAGUCAAGAUGGAGCCCUAUGAGUGUCCUGAGUGCUCCACACUCUGUGCCACCCCUGAGGAGUUCCUGGAGCAUCAAGGCACCCACUUUGACUCCCUAGAGAAAGAAGAGCGUAAUGGGCUGGAGGAGGAGGAGGAGGAAGAUGAUGAAGAGACAGAGGAGGAGGAGGACGCAGUGGCGGCAGAGGUUGGUGAUGAUACUGUGGGAAGUGACAAGUCCAUAGCUGGCUGGGCCCAGGGCUGUGGGGCUUGUCCUCAGCACUGGACCUCAACAGGGGUACGCCGGCGACACCGGCAGGCAUUGCAUGGCCCAGCAUCAGCGGCUCACCCAUUCCACUGCAGCCAGUGCCAGCGCAGCUUCAGCUCAGCAAACCGGCUGCUGGCUCACGGGCGGGCCCAUGUUGGUGGCACCCACGAGUGUACGACCUGCUCCAAGGUCUUCAAGAAAGCAGCCUCCCUGGAACAGCACCUGCGGCUGCACCGGGGCGAAGCCCGCUACCUCUGCGUGGACUGUGGCCGUGGCUUCGGCACAGAACUCACGUUGGUGGCGCACCGGCGGGCCCACACUGCCAACCCAUUGCAUCGCUGCCGCUGUGGCAAAACAUUCAGCAACAUGACCAAGUUCCUCUACCACCGGCGCACCCAUGCCGGCAAGAGCGGGGCACCGCCUGCCGCUACAGCGGCAGCAGCCUCCCCUGCACCGACCGAGCCCCCACCCCCACCGCCACCCCCUGCCCCGCCUGCCCAGCUGCCCUGCCCACAGUGCUCCAAGUCCUUUGCCUCGGCCUCCCGGCUCUCCCGGCACCGGCGCGCGGUCCAUGGGCCCCCUGAGCGGCGGCACCGCUGCGGCGUCUGCGGCAAGGGCUUCAAGAAGCUGGUCCACGUGCGCAACCACCUGCGGACACACACAGGGGAGAGGCCCUUCCAGUGCCACUCGUGUGGCAAGACUUUUGCUUCUCUGGCCAACCUCAGCCGCCACCAGCUGACCCACACGGGCGUGCGUCCCUACCAGUGCCUGGACUGUGGCAAGCGCUUCACGCAGAGCUCCAACCUGCAGCAGCACCGGAGGCUGCAUUUGCGGCCCGUCGCCUUUGCCCGUGCACCCCGUCUCCCCAUCACUGGUCUCUACAACAAGAGCCCUUACUACUGUGGGACAUGUGGCCGCUGGUUCCACGCCAUGGCGGGCCUGCGACUGCAUCAGCGGGUCCAUGCUCGAGCCCGGGCAAUGACACUGCAGCCACCCAGAUCGCCACCUCCUGCCCCACCUCCGCCCCCCGAGCCUCAGCAGACUAUCAUGUGCACGGAGCUUGGGGAGACCAUUGCCAUCAUCGAGACGUCCCAGCCACUGGCACUUGAGGACACGCUGCAGCUGUGCCAGGCUGCACUGGGGGCCAGUGAAGCAAGCGGGCUGUUGCAUUUGGACACAGCCUUCAUGUGACCCAUCUGGAGAGCAACAAUAAGAGAGUCUGCAUCAACAAGCUUGGGCACCUCUGGGGAGACAGGGGAACACCCCCUGGCAAGCCUCUGUGGCACCACUAGGUGCCAGGACCCACCCUGGACUCUUAACUACUGGUUCCUCAGAACAGCCCCACCAGGUUUCCUGUCACCUUUCUCUGCCUGAGGAGAAACUGAAGCCCUGAGAUACAGUAUGAUCUGUCCCAGGUCACCCUGUUGCAUUGCAAAGCAGGGUUUGCCAAGGUUCUUUGCUCUGCAUCACACUGGUGCCCGACAACAUCAGGUAAUCUUUCCUGAGCCCCGACCUUGUGCCAGGUCUGUGCUGGGCACUGUCACAUACUCCCUCAGGUCUCUGCUUGUCCCCCCACCCUAGCUUUCCCUGGACUCUGGGUACCCAGGACUUGGCUCUGCCUGGUGGAAGGAGACACUUGACUUCUCCAGCCUCCUAUAAUCUCACUUUUGACCAUGUGGAAUGAAAUCUGUGGGUACCUAGGUGUUCAGCUGCAGACUGAGUGAUGCUGGAGACCCAGGAGUGAAUCAGCCAUUGGCUCUGUGCCAGGAGGCCCACAGUGGGGUAGGAGGAAUACAUAAGUAUGGAUG